GUGACAGGGUUUCCCAAGUCCUGGAGGACGCAAUUCCCCCCACUUCCCCUCCACCUGCCAUCGCUGCCUGAGCCCGCCUGCCCAGAUCUGCUGCUGUUCAGGAAGCAUGAGGCCCCCCGGGGGGACACUUGAACACCUCAUCAGGACCGGGUGGAGAUUCUGGUCCUCGGGGCUCCGCAAGGCCGUUGCCCUGCUGCAGGCCACCUGGACUGCCUACUCCCAGCCCGUCCCAGCCGGCCGUGGCCAGCUGCUGACCCAGGUCCUCCUGUGUGGUUCUCUGGCCCUUGCUGCCGCGAGUCUGACCUACUGCUGGCUAGCAUCCUCGCUGCUUUAUCCUCUCGGGCCCUCGGCUGCGGUGGCCACUGCCUGCGGCCUCCUGGCCUUCCUGGGGCUGGGCCUGGUGCCCCCCGCCCGCUGCCUGUUUGCCCUCAGUGUGCCCACGCUGGGCACGGAGCAGGGCCGCCGGCUUCUCCUGUCCUGGAGCACCGCCACCCUGACCGUCGCCGUGGUGCCCAACGUCCUGGCCAACCUGCGUGCCGCCGGGCAGGUGCUGAGGUGCGUCACGGAGGGCUCCUUGGAGAGUCUGCUCAACACCACUCACCGGCUGCAGACAGCAUCCCAGGCCCUGGGCCCGAACGGCCCGGCGGGCAGCCAAGGCCUGACGCUCCAGGCCCAGGGCGACAGCGCCGCCGCCUUCCGGCUCCACGUGCUCAGGGUCACCCAGCAGGUCCUGGAGGACUUCUCCGGCCUGGAGUCCUCGGCCCGGGGGGUAGCACUGGGGACCCAGAGGGUGGUCACCGGGCUCUUUAUGUUGGGCCUCCUGCUGGACUCGGCCUGGUACCUCCACCGCUACCUGACCGACCUGCGGUUUGACAACAUCUAUGCCACCCGGCAGCUGACUCAGCGGCUGGCAGAGGUCAGGGCCACCCACCUGACGGCCUCCCCUCCAGCCUGGCUGCUCUGGGCAGCCCGACCGAGGCUGUCCCAGGCGGAAUUGCUGAGUUGUCUGGUGAGGGUGGGGCUGUUCACCCUGCUCCUGAUGGCCACGGCGGUGACGGUGGCCACAGACUACGUGGCCUUCCUCCUGGCGCAGGCAGCCGUGGACUGGGCUCGGGAGCUGCCUGCUGUGCCUGUCACGCUCACCGUCAAGUACAGUGCUAACUACACCGUCCUGGGCUACAUCCCCUUCCUCUUCAACCAGCCGCCUCCGGAGAACCCCUACCUCUCUGCCCACAACUCCUUCCAGUGGGAGUUGCGCUUCACUGCCCCCGGCUGCCCGUUGCUGCCCGCCCAGCGCCCGCACACGGCCGCGCCCCUAGCUGCGGGAGCCCUGCAGCUCGCGGCUUGCUCCACAGUCCUCCUGGAGACCUAUGCCCGCCGCUUGCGGCACAGCAUCGCUGCCUCCUUCUUCAGGACCCAGGAGGCCAGGAGGGUCCGCCACCUUCAUGCCCGCCUCCAGCGAAGAUAUGACAGGCACCGAGGCCAGCCAGAGCAGCCGCAAGACGCUUCCUCCUGCUUGACCCCCAGGCCGGGCAGCAAGCGCCCCGCACAGGUAGACAGGCCUGCUGGACGCCUGAGGUCACUGUGCAGUGAGACCGAGGGGAAAGAGCUCUGGCGUAGCCCAGACCUGAGUUGUAACCUUGGCCCUCUGCUGCCUCCCUGUGUGACCUUGGGUAGAUUGCUUCCCCUCUCUGAGCCUUGGUUUCUAUAUCUGAACAAGGACUGCAUAGCAAUAAUUAAUGUGACCUGCUUGCACAUGGAAAUGCAGUAAGAAUGGAAUGAGACGUUGGGCAGCAAAGGCCUGGAUAAACAGAAAAGGAUGAUGCACAGUGCAGACAAGCUUCCUCUGGGCAAGUUGGGGGGCAUCUGUCCAGGCUGCAUUGGCUGCUAUCCCCCGUAGUUGGAGACUUUGCAUCCUGAUUGUGUCUGAAAUGCCCGUGGAACUUAUCUAUAUGUUCCUGAAUCCUCUGGAUUUAUUUAUAGUCAUUAAAAUUUUCUCGAUUUUAUAAAUUAUUGUAUUUAUUAAAUUCUAAAUUAGAUUGUUAUUCCUUUCCUUCCGGUUCCUUCAGGGGUUUCCAACCUAGGGUUGCCAAGUUUUGCAAAUAAAUGUACAGGAUACCUGGUUCAAUUUGAAUUUCGGAUAAACACCAAUACAGGUUUUGUAUAAGUACAUCCUGAAGAUACUUACUUAUAAGUAUCCUGAAGAUACUUACACAAGACCCAUAUUUGUUGUUUAUCUGAAAUUCAAAUUGAUGGGUAAUCGUAGUUUAUGGCCACUCCAUCACUAUCAAAAGCAUAAUACCGUCGUAACUCCUUACCCUGUGGGCUUGGCAUCCCGUCUUUCCCUCCAGGUCAUUUUCUGCCUUUCUCUCACCUGCUCUCUUUCCCAGGCAUCUGACCUUUAGUGAUUCUGUCACUCUGGCUCCCUUGACCUCUGACCUCCGGUUGGACUCAGCCAACAGCAUGCUCUGGCAGGAGGUCUAACGUGGGAGUGGGGAGAGGGGUCAGGAUGUUGGUCCAGGAGACCUCCUUGCAGAGGCCCGCGUUCCUUGCUCUGGGUGACCCCUGUCCUGUGGCUGCAGUUCCUGCUUCGUUCCCAGAGAUACCAAUCUACCAGAAACAGGUCUUUGGGGAUGUCCCCAUCCUUCUCUUCACCAAGUCCCCCCGCUCCCCGUGCCUUCAUUAAACUCUCCUAAGUUAUCCCUUUGAGAUCUCUUUCCUGCCUGGGUUACAAAUUCUUGACGGAGUCAGCCUCUCCCUCACUUGCAUGGGCUUAAGCUCCCCAGAGGCUGGCGAUGCUCAAGGUGAUGCUCUUGCUAUUCCAACAUCCUGGAACACUCUUCCUUCAAGCACGGCGGGCUUCUUCGCAUCAUUGGGACGUUAGCUCAAACAUCACCUUCUCAGAGAAGACUUCCCUGACUACUGUACCUAAAAUUCCCAUUCCCACCUACUUCUCCUCUAUCACAGGAGUCAGCAAGCUCCAAUCUGUGGGCCAGAUCAGCCUUGUUUCCAUGAAUAGGUUUUACUGGACCUUUGAUACACCUAUUUAAGUAGUCUCAGACUUCCUUUGCUAUGAUGGUAAAUGUGAGUAGUUCAGACAUGGUGUAGGGAAAUCAGAAAUGUUUAUCAUCUGGCUCUUUAAAUAAAAUGGUUG